CCGGCGAUAUUAGCUAGCACUCGCUCACUGUAUUCUCUGUAAAAGGGGAAGACCGUAAAAAUCAAGAAACUACAUCUGGAAUCGCUAAAGGACUGUACCUAGACAAUAAGUUAUAACUAUCAAUCAAGGACUAAUUAAGUUGAGAAAGUAACCAACGUAUAUUUUCUGCUGUUGGUGUCUGUUGUCUCACGAUGGAAGAGAACGGUGCACACUUCUUCGAAGGGACGGAGAAGCUUUUGGAGGUGUGGUUCUCCCGGGAAGAUGAGACCAAAGGAACGGGGGACCUCCGCACCAUCCCAAGGUUUGAGUGGGACAAGCUCUUGGAGAAUGUGCAUUGUUUGAUCAUAAGUGUGACAAAAACUGACAAGCAGGAAGCUUAUAUACUCAGUGAGAGUAGCAUGUUUGUCUCCAAGAGACGUUUCAUUUUGAAGACAUGUGGUACCACCCUCUUACUACAAGCACUGGUGCCCCUGCUGGAACUUGCCAGAGAGUACUGCGGCUUUGAUGCCAUCGAGAAUUUCUUCUAUUCUCGUAAGAACUUCAUGAAGCCCAGCCAUCAGGAGUUCCCUCACCGGAAUUUCCAGGAGGAAGUGGAUUUUCUGAGCCAGAUCUUCCCAAAUGGAGCCGCCUACUGCAUGGGCCGUUUGAACUCCGACUGCUGGUACCUCUUCACUCUGGACUUGCCAGACAUUUGGGAGAACAAGCACGCGGAUCAGACCCUGGAAGUUCUGAUGAGUGAUCUUGACCCAGCGGUGAUGGACCAGUUCUACAUGAAAGACGGUGUUUCUGCAAAUGAUGUCACUCGUAUGAGUGGAAUUCGUGACCUGAUCCCAGGUUCUGUGAUUGACGCCACAAUGUUCAACCCUUGUGGAUAUUCAAUGAAUGGAAUGAAAACUGAUGGAACUUACUGGACAAUCCACAUCACUCCAGAGCCAGAGUUUUCCUACGUUAGCUUCGAAACCAACCUCUCCCAGACAUCCUAUGAUGACCUCAUCCGCAAGGUUGUGGAUGUUUUCAAGCCAGGGAAAUUUGUGACUACGCUUUUUGUCAACCAAAAUUCCAAGUGUCGCAGUGUCUUUUCCUCUGCCCAGAAACUCGAGGGCUUCAAGCGUCUGGAUCGCCAGUUGGCCCAAUUCAACGACUACAAUUUUGUUUUUAACAGUUACGCCAAGAACCGCCAGCAAAACCAGCAGAGCUGAACGAGAGGAAUGAAGAAAAAGCGUAAAAAGAAAGGCAGGUGCCGAGGGCGAUUGCUCGGCUUCUGUCUUUUUCCUCCUCCUCCUCCUCCUCUUUCUCUUCCUACUUCUAUCUCCUCUGUUCUUCUGUUAUUUGGUGUUGAGGUUCUUGGCUGUAAUGAGAAUAAUAAUAGUACCAAGGCCAAGAGGUUUAGUUUCCCCUUGUCGAGUUUGAAUUGUACACAUCCUACUACUUGUACCUAUGACUUAGCUGUAUUGCAUGAAAGCUCUCCCGUUUGUGUAGAUACCUUAGCUCACUCUUGCUGUGAUCUUGAAGUGCAUGAAGAGGAAUGGCAGCGGCUCGGCUCGGGGCGGUGGGUGAGGGUGUCGGGGCUUCUUGCCCCCCCACCCGUCCGCCGCCACGGCCACGGCCCCUUCCUGCAGGUGUCCCCCCUCAUCCCCAACAGACAAGGCUUCCGAGCCCACUAGGCCUGAACCCUGGCAUGCUGAGAUUGGAAACUCAAAAUGUGCUCAUUGUGUGGGUCUAUCCCAAACCUCCCCCGGCUGUGCCUCAUAUUGUUUGUGUAAUAUACAUAUACGUCAUUGUAUCGAUAGCUUUGUGUAUCCUGACCUCUCUCAAGCAGGCAUUCAUUCUGCAAAGACGGAAAAAAACCCUAUUUUUAGAUGAAGUGUUGCUGCCUUAAUCAGGGCAAUGUUACGAGUUGCUUGAGUUUUCACUCUUUCACCCUCCCCAUCUCCCACUUUUUUCAUACCCUGCCCCUCCAUGUGUAUCAUGCCUUUAGCCUGCGCUCAAUAGCUGGGAUGGUACUGCAUUGGUUGGAUGCAUUCUUACUUUGUUGAGACCAUUUAUUGCCCAUUCAAUUGUAAGCAAAUCUAACACUAAGCUAAGAAAUGUAUAUACAUUUAAUAAAUGAAAUGUAGUAAUGAUAAUAAAGUGCCACGUAGAGUACCUAAUGAAGUUUUGCACUGAGGUUGGAUUUGGAAAAAGUACCAGUAGGUGAAUGUGCUUGACCAAACUCCCAGGAUUGCACUAGCAUGAAUGUAGCUACAUGUGCACACCAGGGGGCUGUUCUUUAAUUGGGUCAGUCUAGUCACACCACAUAACUCAUCUGCCCCCACCCCCGCUCCCCACCCCCUUGACAAUCGGCUAAAAAUAAAACCACUCUCUUUAGAGCAAAAGACAAUGCCAAAUUGAGACGAUCAUCCAUGUUUGGUUGGUCUGUAAAGGUAGAUGGACAUCCACCUAUUUAGAUUACGUGACUGCUCUGCACUUUGGAAGAACUUUCAAGAGUUUGGAGGGGUGCAAGUGUAAAGGAUUUCCACUACCAGCAGUUGUCCCCCCAGUUCAUUGAAGACCUCAGCGCCACCAUGUGGUCAUGCUGCUAAUUCACUGUCCUAUCUUUCGAGUAAUCCAACCUGACACCCACUCAAGUAACUCUUGGCUGGGUGGCAGGUUGGCCGUUUCUGUGACGGUGUGAAGUUGAAUGUAGUUCAAGGACACUGAAGAUUUUAACUCCAUUUUCUCGAGUUUGAAUGUAGUUUCAGUUGUAAAAAGGGAAUGGAAUGGGCAUAUGGUGGUGCUGCAGGGUUUUUUUUUUUUUUUUUUUUAAAGGCCAUGGUUCUCAACCUUCUCUGGAGAAUGUCUUAUGAAUACUGUGGACACCUUAAAAAAAUUGGGCUCUACACCUAGUUUUGCUAGUGGGAAUGAUUGAGGUGGAUUUUUUUUUUAGGAGGUGGAGUAGCGCAGUUUAAAAGUUUGGGGUGGUAGAAAGAGUAGGAGGGUACCCAUUUACCUCUUUCUGCCCCUACCCACCCCCCAAUCCUCUCAGGUGGCGUUGGACUGUAGGGGACCUCUCCCUUCUCCCUCUAUCACGUCAUGGUAAUUGGCAGCAGUGAGUUCCAAUGAAUCGGGACUCUUUUGCUUAGAACAGCGCUAGCCCAGCAAAGCACUUUCUCUCUCUUUGUGAAACAAUGCAUGUCCAGCUCUGUCCUCUAUCUCUCUCCCCCUCUCUUGUUCUAUCCCUCGUUCGUUUUCAUAUCCCCUCUCACUCUCUGUGUGUCUCUUUCCCCCUCCUGUACUGAAACGGUAAGCCCACACAAUGGGCCCCAUCCAAUCUGAGCAUGCCAGGGUCAUCCCGGAUCAUUCCACAACCUAACUGUUGCAUAAACUGCCGUUUUAUUAAUUUUAUUGUGCUCAGACUUUUUUUUUUCUCUGUCCCACCCCCCCACCAUACCCCACCCCCCAGUAACGAACUGGUCCCCCAAAUGUGACUCCUCUGCACUUUUUUUUUGGAGGUUGCAAUCAAUGCCCCCCUUUUGUUUACGUUUGACGGAAAGAUCCUGUGUUCCAAUGGUGCAUGUGACUACUAGUGCUGCGUUGCUUGACAGUUGUAUGUGCUGCAUUUCCCGUUUCCUCAUGUUGUAAAAGGUAGACAAAAAGAAAAGGAAAAGCUAAAAUCAAUGUACUUUUUCCCUCACUUCCUCCUUAGUUGCAUAUUAUAAAAUGUAAAAGAAAUUGAAAGAAAAUGUAGCUGAUGGGAGUGGGGCAUCCUGAUGUUUUUAUGAGAACAGUUGGUGACUCCUUCCUGUAUUUUUUUUUCUUUCUCUUUUUUUAAUUCAUCCCCAUUUUAAGUGCUGAAAGCAGGUUUGACUAUUCAUUUUUGUGUUAAAGGGGGGUGGGGAAAGGGAAAACCUGUGUGGGCUUUUUGUCAUUGGAUUUCAGUUUUGCUGAAAGGCAUUUUGAAGAGAGGGGGUACUGUUCUGUCCCAUUGACCAGGCCCAUAAUCUUCAUGAAGCUUCUCCCCACCAGAGACUGCAGUCUGAGUGAAAUGUUGCUGACUUGAGCGCAGGAUUGAGAAGAACUGGCUUGGAGAAUAGAGGAACUAAAGCCCUAAAUCUGCUUUCAGCACUGUGGGUUACUUUUUUACAUUUUUAUUUUUUGAUUAUUUUUGUGAUUCAUAAGGGUAUGAACGAGUUUUUAGGUAGAGAGGGAAGACGGAUGAAGCUCCUAUAAGAUUCUAAAGGAUGCGAGUUGCACACUGUUUUGAAAACCGACACAGACUUAGUUUCUGAAGAAGAAUGUGAUAUAUAUAUUUUACAAGCGGACCACUUUUGUUGAAGCAAAUCGCAACAUCUCUUUGGCAAUGGAACCCGCGCAAUGUUGAGAAAGUCGGCACAUUAUCCUCCAGUAAGACCUGUUGUGGAUUGAGGAGUGGUUUUGUACCAGUUUUAAACUUGUUUUUCUUUGCCAGGACCAGCGUGUGGUCCCGUUUGCCAUUUGAGAUGAAGCGAGGCUUCAUGAUCGCCAUAGCAGCAUAGCGGCAGCCAUAUAGUUCUAUAGGAGCGCAUGAUAUGAUGUAUGCUACCAGAGAGGACUUAAGCGUAAGCACUUGUCAACCAGUUAAAAGCUUUCACUUUUUGGAUGAAGUCAUAUUUUGAGCAAAAGUUUGAGAAGUGGGUAAUACCAGUUAACAAGGUUUUUUUUUUUCCUUUGUUUACUUUGAAAUUAGAAAAAGAUGACUAGUGACAUUUUUUGCAGUCAAACUAUUUUUUUACAAUAUUUUUUUUUUGUAAGGGAUGCAUUUCUGCUGCGGACCAAUUGCAUAUUUUUUAUUUUGUCAGUGCUUUUUUUAUUUUCAAUGUUGGGAAAACCAGUGUUCCAAACUUAUAAGUUGUCUGAAGUUUAAGCGGCUAGAUAAUCAAAUCAUGUUGGGUUUUUUUCCGUUUAUUUUUUUUUAUACAAAUACAUCCACUAUUUCUCUACCUUUUUCCUGGUGUGAUGCAAGCCCAGGGAUAGGCAGAAUACCCCCCUACCCUACUCCCCACCCACCUCCUCUUCAGUGAGGAAGGGGGCAAUGGCAGGAUUUGGGGUCCAUUCCAUUAUCCUAACUCCUGUCCUUGACUUGCGCUUGUGGCCUCGCGCUUCGCUGACUACCUUCGUGGACAAAACGGUUUCCCCUGCUGUCAGCCUAGACGCAAACUCUUUUGAGGGACAUCUCCCUCAUUCAACAUUUCAAUUGCCCCAUUGUGAGAUAUUGAGGAAAACUUCUUUGGUCAAUGAGGUCACAAGCACAAGUCGAGGAUGGGAGUUGGGAUAAUGGAAAGAACCCGUUGGUGUAUCAGGACGUGUCGAAGGGAAGGCUUGCUGUUCUUAUUCUCUGCUUGGUCAAGAUGUGCUAAAUAUAUCUGUACUGAGCUUGAUGCAUUAAUAAAAAAGACAAAAAUGCA